AUGGCUCAGAUUCUGGUGUCCCAACAUGACGGUGCCCUCCUGCCAUCGUUGAGGGCGGAGGAAUUGCCAAUUGACAUCGACGUGCAAGGGGCUGCUCCCUGCAAAAAGCCUGGCAGUUUGCAUUUGCUCCGAGACGUGCCAUAUGCUCAAAAGUUGAAGCAGGAGAUUCCAGAUUGCUUGGCUACGGUAUGCAGGAUGAUGCAGUCGCAAGAGUUUAUUGCUUUGCCAGAAGCCGAUCAAGAUCAUGUUGAGAAGUACACGGCUGACUGGAUGCUUGCCUUUGGAAUGGACCAAUGGGCAGCCUGGCACUGUGAAGAGGGCUGCAGUCGACGCAUUGUGGCCACAGGCUGGGAGCCCCAUGCAUGUUAG